AUGCUUUCUUCGAAGAGGAGAGUGAAGUCGAAUCCUCCGAGACAUGAGCCAGCCACUGAAGGGCCGAAAACGUUCUCAACCUCAAUCGAGCAUGCCAUUGCAAGGAGUAGAGCAGAGCAGCUAGUCACAGAGCCGAACUCUCAAACGAAAAUCACAAAGGAAGAGGAUGUGGCCCUUCUAAAUGCACCAGACUUCAGGGGGGCGAUAAAGAAGGGACCAUUUGGCACUUGUCUUGUUUUCGAAGAGGUUGCACAGAGUGCGAGGGAUAUCAACCGCCUGUUUCCAUCAGCUCUAAUUGAGCCAAUGUUACGGAGUACUAUAGUUAGUUACCUGGUCCAGGGAUGA